GUGUGUGCUUGCAGCCACUCGGACAUGGACUUGUUAGCUUGUGGAGUGUUGAUUGUGUUUGUGCACUUCGUCUCUCUGCAUUCAGCAUUAAUUAUUGACAACACAGAUUCGCUCCAUCGAGUUUUGUCAGAGUUCAGUGUCAUCCGUCCAAUCAGAACCAACUCGCUGGGCCAUUUCCUGUCAGCGUCAGUGUCGGCCCACUCCCUGCGCCGCAGCAAAAGACAAGCCCACUCCGGCGACGCAAACAAACCGCAAAGUGACACAGGAAAUACGCCAUGGAUGGACAACGGGGAGGCGGAGCUUUUUUACAACGUGACGGUAUUUGGGAAGGAACUCCACCUGCGACUGCGUCCCAAUCGCCGCCUUGUGGCCCCUCAUGCCACUAUGGAGUGGUGGGAGGAGUCGGGACGCAAACGCUUGCAACCAAUAGGUGACACCAGCUGCCUCUACAAAGGAGGGGUGUCCAACAUGGAGGAUACAUCUGUUGCUAUUAGCAACUGUGACGGACUGGCUGGGAUGAUCCGGACAGGGAAAGAGGAGUUUUUCAUCGAACCGUUGCACCGACAGGGUAUUGGAAGCACAGGUGAAGAAGAGGACGAGGAAGGAGGAAGACAACACAUCGUUUAUCGAACAUCCGCCAUCAUCAGCACAAAACAACAGACUGUCAAUCAAACUGAUGACUUCCUGGCAGCGCCUCUCUUAGGUUCUUCAGGUGUGCUGAGGUCCAAGUCUGGCUCUGCCAGCAGACAGCGACGCUUCAUCCAAGAAGCAGAAGUGUUCAACAUUGAGGUCUUGUUAGCCGUGGAUUAUUCUGUCCUUCUAUUCCAUGGACAAGAACACGUCCAGAGAUAUCUUCUCACCCUGAUGAACAUCGUCAACGAGAUCUAUCAAGAUCAUUCUCUGGGUGCCAACAUCAACGUCGUUCUGGUGAGAAUCAUCAUGCUGUCGCCGUCAAAGUCCCAGGAGCUUAUCUCAGUGGGCAAUGCCCAGAAGAGUCUGGAGAACGUUUGUGGCUGGUCCUACUUCCAACAGAGGGACCAGGACCACGACCAGCAGCAUGACCACCUUGUCUACCUGAGCAGACGCGAGUUCGGACCCUCCGGCAUGCAGGGCUAUGCUCCAGUUACGGGAAUGUGUCAGAUGCAUCAGAGUUGUGUUCUGGUCUUUGAGGACGGCUUCUCGUCCGCCUUCGUUGCUGCACACGAAAUUGGCCAUGUGUUGGGAAUGAAACAUGAUGGCGAGGAGAACGAAUGCGAUGACGACGUGUUGUUAGGCAGCAUCAUGUCCCCACGAGUUCAGGCCUCCUUCUACCGCUACCACUGGUCCAGGUGCAGCUGGAGCGAGCUGCACAAGCACCUCCCCAUAUACGACUGUCUCCGCGACGACCCGUUCAGCCCCGACUGGCCCAUUCCGCCCCUUUUGCCGGGGUUUCAGUAUUCCAUGGAGCAGCAGUGUGGCUUUGACUUCGGCCCAGGAUAUGGUACCUGUAAAACUUAUCCCAACUUGCAGCCUUGCCAGCAGCUGUGGUGCAGCGACGACAACAAUCCUUUCUUCUGCAGAUCCAAGAAGGGUCCACCUCUGGACGGGACCCCGUGCGGACAAGGGAAGCACUGCUACAGAGGCCUCUGCAUCGUCUUGACCCCCGACCUCCUGAGGCAAGAUGGUGAAUGGGGAUCGUGGAGCUCUUACAGCAGCUGCUCCAGAACCUGCGGGGGCGGUGUACGGAUUCGGACAAGGAUCUGUGACAACCCACCUCCAGGCAACGGGGGUCGCACCUGUUCCGGAAACAGUUACGAGUUCCUGCUGUGCAACCGGGACGAACAGUGUCCGCCACUGACGGACUUCAGGGGGGAGCAGUGUCACGUUUGGGAUGACUUUUUGGAACACGACGGACAAAAACAUCACUGGCUGCCCAUCGAACACGCCGACCCUGACGAGCGGUGUCGUCUCUUCUGCCAGUCCAACGAGACGAGAGCGGUUGUUUCCAUGAAGAGAAGGGUGCAUGACGGGACACUGUGCUCGUACAACGACGCCUACAGCGUGUGUGUGCGAGGAGAGUGUGAGCACGUGGGUUGUGACGGACUGAUCGCAUCAGACCAGCAGGAGGAUCGAUGCGGCGUUUGCGGGGGAGACAACUCUAGCUGUCGGCUAAUUAAAGGAAAUUUCACCCGAAGUGCAAACAAAACUGGUUACCUGAAGAUCCUGGAGAUUCCGCGAGGGGCACGACACCUCCUGGUGCAGGAGUUCAGGAGGACUCCCCACGUCCUGGCGGUGAAGAACCAGGAGACGGGUCACCUAUUCCUGAACGACGAAGACGAUGUCCCGGCGUCCCGUGUGCUGGUCGAGAAGGCCUUGGCCUGGGAGUACACUCACAGCGCGGAGCGGGAAGUGGUGAAGACCACGGGACCGUUGAAAUACGGGGUUGUAAUCAUGGUGCGUUCCCAUGGCGACGCCAAGGUGACCGUGUCCUACAAGUACAUCAUCCAGGACCACCUGCGGUCUUCGCUGGAGUCCAACCUGGUGCAGGAGGACACCCUCUUCUACGAGUGGGCGCUCAAGAAGUGGUCUCAGUGCUCCAAAACCUGCGGAGGAGGGAAACAGCACACAAGAUUUGGCUGCAGACGGAAGGCGGACGGGAAGAUGGUCCCGAAAACUUUCUGCUCGAACAUCAACCAUCCAAGAGCCAUCAGCCGCAUGUGUAACACUGACCCGUGCAGCUUGCCACGCUGGGUGAGUGGAAAUUGGGAGGCCUGCAGCGCCUCCUGUGGACAGAGUGGCUGGCAGCGUCGCUGGGUGGGUUGCCAGCAGCUGAUCGACGGGGGCCGGCGGCGCUCUGUCAACAGCGAGUUCUGCGAGGACCGUCGGCCAGACGCCAAGCAGCCGUGCAACCGCUUUGCGUGUCCUGCUGCGUGGCGGGCGGGCGCCUGGACGCCGUGUUCCGUCACGUGUGGCAACGGCACGCAGGAGCGCCAGGUGGCCUGCGUGAAGCCGGAAGGUUCUUCCGGUAACUGCAGCCUGGUUCCGCCAAUCACCCGCCGCAACUGCAGAGCGGCGCCUUGCGGGUCUGACCCGAAAAACUUCAUGGUCCAAUGGCUGUCCAGGACCAGCGCGAACGUCCCGCCCUCAAAGAACAUCUCCGGUGUGCGUUGCCGCGGCGAUCGAUCUGUGUUCUGUCGGAUGGAGUCGCUGAGUCGCUACUGUUCCAACUCCGCCUACAGACAAAUGUGCUGCAAGUCGUGCAGCAACUUCAGCGGCAGCAGCAACGUCAGUAAGUCCGCCACAGUGACGUCAUAUGCUUCCCCCACCAGCGCCACUACAACCGCCACUUUAACUCAAACUCCGCCCACCAACACUGCCGCUUUAACCCAAACUCCGCCCACCAACACUGCCACGUUACCCUUAACUCCGCCCACCAACACUGCCACUUUAGCCCUAACUCCGCCCACCAACACUGCCACUUUAGCCCUAACUCCACCCACCAACACUGCCACUUUAACCCUAACUCCGCCCACCAACACUGCCACUUUAGCCCUAACUCCGCCCACCAACACUGCCACUUUAACCCUAACUCCGCCCACCAACACCACCGACUUUAUUUACGUCGAUUACGAUGAUUAUGAAGACUAUUCUUCCUACGAGGAUGCUGCGGUCGUCACUUCGACGACUCCUGGCAUGAAAAAUAUGGUAAAUGUCAAAGGUCAAAGUUCACUGAGGCCGCUUAAUUGGACAUCUGUUGCACCACACAGUGAGACCACCCAAAGGCGUGACGACGUCAUCACUGCGACAUCAUCACCGGACAGAACCACGGGAGAAGGUGACCUCAAACCGCAUUGGACUGACUUCAAACCUCGAACUUCUGCGAUGUUAGCGAAGUCUCCAAAGAAGGACAACAACUCUAUGGGGGAGGUUUCCUACGGCAUUGUGGGAUUGGACAGCCACGCCACAAGGGGGCAGCGGAGCUACUUCGUGCCUCGGAUGCGCUCCUUUCGGGAGCGGACGCACAACAAACGCAUCCAGGAGCUUCUGAAUGAGAAGCGGAGGAGGCCUGGCCGUCACAGUGGGACAGGACUCAGACAUGCCGGUCUAUAGAGCAUGCGCACUAACAUCUGGAUCCUAAAGACAAACCAAGUCCUGGUCCACAGUCACAUGAGUUCAAUAAAACAAUUCUUCUCACUCAAGUCAAAUAUCAUUA